AAAUAACAAAAAAAUUUAAAAAUAUUGUUAAGCUUGAUUACUAUUACAAUACAUUUUAAAAAUGAGUCUUUGGGUUGAUAAACACCGGCCAAAAGACUUAAUGAAGUUAGAUUAUCACAAAGACCAAGCUACAAGGUUAAAAAGUCUCGUGCAACAAAGUGAUUUUCCCCAUCUCCUUGUUUACGGUCCCUCAGGUGCUGGUAAAAAAACAAGGAUUAUGUGUUUGCUGAGAGAACUAUAUGGCUCCGGUGCGGAACGUUUACGACAAGAAACAAUGCAUUUUACUACACCCUCUAAUAAGAAAAUAGAAAUUAUGACUGUGAGUAGCAAUUAUCACAUCGAGGUUAACCCAACCGAUGUCGGUAUACACGAUCGUGUUGUUAUAAUGGAUUUAGUAAAGAAUGUAGCCCAGACCCAUCAAAUCGACUCCUCUGGUCAACGUGAAUUUAAAGUUGUAAUAUUGAAUGAAGUCGACGACUUGACUAAAGAUGCUCAGCAUGCGCUUCGUCGCACUAUGGAAAAGUACGUAACCACUUGUCGCCUGAUACUUAUAGCCAACUCCAUAUCUCGAGUCAUUCCCGCAAUCAGGUCCCGUUGUUUGACAAUAAGAGUCCCAGCACCUACGGAAACCGAAAUCACCAAUGUAUUACAAGCAGUGUGUAAGAAAGAAGGUUUGAGUUUGCCUUCUGAAUUAGGCGCGCGUAUUGCAAAAUGCGCUGAUAGAAAUUUGCGCCGCGCUCUAUUAAUGUGUGAGGCAUGUAAAGCUCAGCAAUAUCCUUUUACCUCUGAUCAGAAGGUCCCUGAACCUGAUUGGCAGACUUUUAUAAGGAGCACAGCAGCAUUGAUUUUAUCUGAACAGUCUCCAAAGAAACUUGGUGAAGUACGUCAGAAGCUCUAUGAAUUGAUUAUACAUGGUGUUCCCCCGGAUAUGAUUUUUGCUGGAUUGUUAAGGGAGUUGGUGCAGAACUGUGAUAUGGUUAUGAAAUGUCAGGUGGCGAGUUAUGCAGCACAGUAUGAACACAGGAUGAGGCUCGGAAACAAACCAAUAUUUCAUAUUGAAGCUUUUGUUGCAAAGUUCAUGGCAAUAUAUAAAAAGUUUGUUGAGGAAUCGCUGAUGUGAUGUGUUUUAAUUUUAAUAAAUCUUAUUACAUUUUGAGAGACAAUUGAAAUUUGUUAUAAUUAUGGUAAUCAGUGAUACUUAUACUAAAAAAAUUAAAGUUAUUUUUCCAAACAAAUAGUU